AUGGAAGAGGAGAGUGCAUCUUAUGGGGACAUUAUAGUAAGCAUAAGUGAACGCAAAGUGUGUCCGGAUUACAUAAUUCAGAAGCUGCACAUCAACCAUGUAAGUAAGAACACCAAAACUUGUAAGAGUUUGGUCAAUAAUUGUAAACCAAGUCCUUUGAAAGACUUUACCUUAAACCUAUCCAAGAAGGGAAACAAUAUUGUAGAUGCUUCUUGUACGGGACCAGAUGAAUUGAAUGGACCCGAAAAACACUAUACUUUAAAAUGGGAUGGCAAUAAUGAACAGACCAGCAACACUUGCAAAUUCGAAGUGGACAACCUUUCUUUUUUGAAAACAUACACUUUUCACGUAUCUGUUUCCAAUGGAGAACAUUCUUCAGAUACAAAAUCAGAAACAAUAAGCACCAAAUAUAAUACUAAAGCUGUCAUUGGAUUCUUGGCAUUCCUGAUUAUUGUAACAGUUGUGGCUUUGCUUCUUGUCCUGUAUAAAAUAUACAUCCUGAACAGAAAGAACUCAAGUGCUGGAGUCGGACGGACUGGGACCUAUAUUGGGAUUGAUGCAAUGCUGGAGGGAUUAGAGGUUGAAGGACGAGUUGAUGUAUAUGGAUAUAUUGCAAAAUUACGGCGCCAGCGAUGCCUCAUGGUUCAAGUGGAGGCACAGUACAUCUUGAUCCAUCACGCUCUGGUUGAAUAUGUCCAGUUUGGCGAAACAGAGGUCUUUGUUUCAGAACUGCCCAACUAUCUCAGUCAGCUGAAGAAAAAGGAUCCUCUCAGUGAUCCAUCUCUGCUGGAAGCUGAAUUUCAGCGACUGCCUUUAUACAAAAACUGGCAGAAUCAGAAAGCUGGUAGAAAACAAGAGAACGCGGAGAAAAACCGGAAUGCCUCAGUAAUUCCAUAUGAUUACAACAGAGUGUUAUUCAAACACGAAGAAGAAGGGAACAGAGAGUGUGAACAAGACGUCGAUUCGUCUGACGGGGAUAGUGAUUGUGAAGAGGAACCCAAUAAAUACAUCAAUGCUUCCUUUAUACCCAGUUACUGGGUUCAAAAUGGAAUUAUAGCAACACAAGGACCACUUCCAGAAACAAUAGGUGACUUCUGGAACAUGGUUUAUCAAAAGAAAGUCAAAGUUAUUGUGAUGCUGACAGACAAUCAGAGGAAAGAGAGCAGGAAAGUCUUUCAGUAUCAGUACCAUAAGUGGGAUAGUUCUGAUCUCCCAGAAACCCCCCAAGAUUUAAUCACCAUGAUCCAGAAUCUCAAACAGAAGUUUUCAUCCCAAGAUGGAGCUGAAGCGCAUUUGAUCAACAAGGGCAAGAGCGUCCCACUUGUUGUCCACUGUGGUGAUGGUUCUAAACAAACCGGAGUAUUUUGUGCUUUGCUAAAUCUCUUGGAAUGUGCUGAGACUGAAGGCGUAAUCGACGUUUUCCAAGUUGUGAAAGCUCUUCGUAGAGCCAGAACAGAAAUGAUUUCCUCCUUUGAAGGUUAUCAGUUUCUAUAUGAUGCUAUUGCAAGCCUGUAUCCUGCCCAGAAUGGACAGCUACAAAAUGCCCAAUGCCACGAACAAAUUACUAACACCCAGAAUGAAGUCAAGAAGGAAGAAGGGAGUAACUCUUUGGAGUCUGAUUUCCAACUUAUGAGUCACGAAAGUGGAAAUGAUGCUGAGAUGUGCGAUGAUUUCAAAGCCAAGGAUACAUCUAGGGAAGCAGAGAGUUCUAUUAAUGGACCUACAAAUCCAGUUUUAAGUGGCAUGGCUUAGAAUUUGAAUCAAUCCUCGGUCCGCACCAUAGAGAAUAUUCCUUGAAAAGAAAAUUGAAACCAGAAUAUUAGAAAUGGCAUUCCUUUACAGAACACAUCUUGUAAAACGCAAAGGAUUAUUUUCCUCCCAGGAACAAUGUGGAAGGAUGAGAAACUUUUGGAUAGAUAUAAUAAGACUGUGAAUUUUGUAUGCGUGUUUGCAUAGAAUUUUAAUCACUGGCUGUGAUUUGUGCUGUUUAAUAUUUUUCGAAGCACAGCACACUUUUUUUUUUAUAAAGGUCUUUUCCAUAGUUCCAAAAGAAGAGAACUGCUCUUCUCUUCCUUGUUGUUGCUGUUGUUGUUAAGAGGAAAGAAAGUUAUUCAUAAACAGUUUUGUCUGUGAAAAUAUUCAGGUUGGUAUCCAGAAAGAAAGCACAGCUGAUUCUGAAUGCCCAGAGUUUGUUUAAAAAAAAGGAUAAGGCUUCAAGUAUAAGCUUGUAGUCACCAUCUUGAUUUUGUUUUAACCUUCCCUGCAUAUGCCGUAAUAUAUUUUUAUAUUAUAUUAGGAUAUUAAAACAGGUUGUAGUCUUGCAGGUCACAUUGCAAUGAUGAACUGAGACAACAAACAAAUGUUAUCAAAACAAGAGAGAUGUAAAAUAAAGUUUAUGACCUGGGUUAGUAUAAACGUGGACACAGAAUCUGAACAAGAACCUGAAAAAAUUAGAAUUCCUUUGACUUGAGCUCAGCUAGUGAAGAAGGUAUGAUAGAUGUCCUUUUUUCCAACAGCAACAUAGAAGUGUUUUGCCAAAGCACAACUUUCUAGUAAAAGUUUUUGAAUUGCAAAUCUAGACGUGGCCUCGAGAUGGCACUGUAUGUACAAGAAAUUCACCAACAAAUCUCAAGUUAUGAAUGCUGAAAGCUGCAUAAGGUUAAUUCAGCUAACGUUUACUUAGACAUGUUAAUACAGAUGUUCUGUUUUGUACUCUGUUUCUACGGCUUGAAUAGAAGUUUUAUUUACAAGAGGCUAUAUUUUAUUCUUUAUAGUUUAUUCCUUUGGAAAGGCUGCACUUUGUAUUAAAUUUUAUAUGGAAAA